UCGACCGACUUUUCUGAUUGCCUAAAUUAGAAAUUCAAACAUUAAAGGAGAAGAAAAAUACCGCAAGCGCAUACCACAUGUACCAUCUUUCGUCCACUAUAAAUACAGAAAUUCGAAAGCGGCUGUAGAAGCAAACCCUCACAUUUUCAGUUGAAUUUUUUUCUCCUCAAUUUCACACAUUUUUUUAUUGAAAUCGGAAAAAAAGAGAGGCAGGAGAAGAGAUGUCAGGAUUAACGUGUAACGCUUGCAACAAAGAAUUCGAAGACGAUGUCGAACAAAAGCUCCAUUACAAAUCCGAGUGGCACCGCUACAAUCUCAAGCGCAAGGUUGCUGGUGUACCAGGAGUGACUGAAACACUCUUCCAAGCUAGACAAUCUGCUCUCGCUGAUGAGAAAAAGAAGCUGAACGAGACUCCAAUGCUUUACAGUUGUGGCCUUUGUGGAAAGGGAUAUAGAAGUUUGAAAGCCCAUGAACAACACCUGAAGUCUAAAAGUCAUUUGAUAAGGGCUUCUGAAGCAACAGGCGGCAAAGAUGAAGGUAGUACAAUCAUCAAACCUCUUACACGCCGUACUCCAAAGGAACCUCUGCAACCUCUGCAUCAUGUGAUGGAGGACGAUGAAGAGAGCGAGGAGAGUGACUGGGAAGAGGUGGAUCCUGAUGAAGAUUUACUUAAUGAAGCCAGUGACUUAUUGAAACAUUUACAAGUUGAUGAGAAUGCUUCUAAUGAUGAUAUGGAUGAAGAUGAGGACGAGUUUGAAGAUUUGGACCCAUCUUGUUGCUUUAUGUGUGAUUUGGAGCAUGGUACAAUUGAGAGCUGUAUGGUACACAUGCACAAGAAGCAUGGGUUCUUCAUUCCAGAUAUUGAGUAUCUGAAGGAUCCUAAAGGUCUUCUUACAUAUCUGGGGCUCAGGGUCAAACGAGAUUUCAUGUGUUUGUACUGCAAUGAAAGGUGCCACCCUUUCAGUAGUUUGGAGGCUGUUCGGAAGCAUAUGGAGGCAAAAAAUCACUGCAAAGUGCAUUACGGUGAUGGAAGUGAAGACGAGGAAGCAGAGCUUGAAGAUUUUUAUGAUUACAGCACCAGUUAUGAGGGCAUGGAUGGAAACCAACUGGUCGCCGUUGGUGACAUGGAGAAUGCUGUUGCACUUGGUAGUGGUGGCGCUGAGCUUGUCAUCACAAGGCACAAUAAUGGGGCAACGACUAAGAAAAUGCUUGGAUCUAGGGACUAUUUGAGAUACUACCGUCAGAAACAUCGGCCCACAGCCUUGCACAGUGAGAUCACUGCUGCAUUAGCAUCUAGGUACAAGAGCAUGGGCCUAGCAACUGUGCAGUCACGAGAGCAUGUAGUCCGGCUGAAAGUAUUGAAGGCGAUGAACUCGUCUGGUGUUGAGGCCAUGCGCUCUAAAAUGGGUAUGAAGAGUAAUGUCAUUCGCAACCUCCCCAAGAACUGCACCUAUUAGUCCUACAACUAUGCUUGCAGUCGUUACAGCACUGUUUCAUACGGCAAGAUUUACCCCAUGCUCGCCUUUAUGAAAGGAACUGGAUAAAAAUGUUUACAGACAAUCUAGAAAUUCUUUGUUUGCAGUAUUUUUUUUUGCUGUAUUGGAUACUAAAAUUUUGUACGUUUUCGUUUGUGAGGUUAUAACUCAUACGCACGAUUAUUCUCUUUUUCUGUUUGGACUGAAUCUCAAUUCAUGUCAA